AUGCCUCAUUAUGUGAGGUUUCUGAAGCCGCCAAGGAUAGAGACAGGCAGCAUCAAGACGUUGGUCACACUGACAACUGACCUGGGAGACUCGUUCCUGGCGGAGGAGGUCGAGCUCAGGGCUUCGGUGCUGCGUGUCGACAGCGACAGCGACAGCCGCAAGAAUGAUAGACGCAGUGUGCAGUGCAUAAAACAGAAGAACUUCACCUGGCCGGCCGCAUCCCGGCAGUUGUUGAUAGCCAUUGAUGGUCUUCAGCUGGAUCUGCGACGCCACGCCGUGCAGUUGCAUGUUGGCCCGGCAGACCGUGGGCAUCAACCCGGACCAGACGACGACUUUGCUGUCUCGUCAGCUAUCCCAACAUUGAUAUCGGCGUGGAGUCCGCCUUUUGGUGGCUCAGAAUCUCAGGCUGAUAAGCUGGCACUCAGAUGGCUCAGGACUCGAUGUCCUGCUGAGGUGCGGAUAUGGGAAGAGACUGGCAACAAUCUCGCAAGACAUAUCUGGUACGAUUUUGAAGAUUCCAUUAUUAACUACCAACCUCCGUUUUUUCCUUGUAUCCAUUCUUCUUCUUUCUUAUGCAUCAUAUAUUCAAUGGCUCUAUCUAACUUGUACAGGGAUGCUUCGCUCGCAUGGCUGAUACUCUUCCAAGAGACUCUUUCUCCAGUUGUUGUUGCUGCUGACGGUGACGAUGGCAAGGCUACGUCUCCGUUUCUCAUGUUCAAGGACCUGAUUCGACAGAACGACAACAAGUCGCAUUUCAACGUAAUUGAACUGGGAGCGGGCUGUGGUAUUGUCGGAAUCGCGCUUGCUCAGUCGUUGACGGACUGCUCUGUCCUGUUGACAGACCUUGAAGAGGUUCGCGACAUCGUUAGCCGUAACAUCAACAUGUCCAACCCAGCGGCGGGCUCUAAGAUUGACUUCCAAGUCCUUGACUGGGAGGCGAGCGUCCCUAGCAGGAUCUCAGGGCAGCAGUAUGACCUUAUUGUUGUAUCAGACUGUACGUACAAUUCGGACAGCCUGCCUGCUCUUGUUGACACAAUGGCUGCGCUGGUUGAACGGUCUCCUAAGGCUGCCAUCAUCGUAGCACUUAAAAGACGCCACGAGAGUGAAGCUGUCUUUUUCGAGCUUAUGCAUCGUGCAAGACUGGACGUUUGCAGCAAGACUCACAUUCAGCUGCCUAGUGUCUGCUCAGACGAAAGGGUAGAUAUCGAGAUAUACUGUUUUCGGUCAUCACCCUUUUCUCUACGAUGA